GGUGUCCGAUACGUACGUGUCCCUCGACGCUGCGCCUCCUCGUCUUCCGCCUCGAUCGCCGGACCGUUCGCCGUCGGGGGCCGCGUUCCGGUUCGCCACCCAACAUUUCUCCAGCCUGCGCCCGCGCCCAGAACUGGAUCGCCACGUGGCGUCGUUGAUUCCCGAACUAGCGGACGAUCGGGACGGGGCUCGAUCGUUGUUUCGCCAGGACCCGACGACGAUCGGCGCCGUCGGGACGAAGGACUCAUCUUCGGCCGCGUCGGGCGAAGCGGGAGGAGGCCUGGCUCGCGAGAGGACCAAGUCGAGGCGACGGCAGGUCACGGCGAGCUUGCUGGACGAUCGGGGGUCGACGGUAGGUCGCCUGGAACCGUACUGGACGGGAUUCUCCAGGCUGGUCGAGGGAGUCGAGGACUCCUCUAUCACGGCGACGACGACGACGACAGCACCGGUAACGCGGACCACUGUGCCCUAUCGUCCGCUCGGCGGUGGGACCGCGUCGAACGGGAGGCGCAACAGGAAGUCGAAGGACGAAGGAGGAGAAGCAGCAGCAGCAUCAGCAUCAGCAUCAGCAUCAGCAUCAGGUGUUUCGGUUAAAAACGGGGGUAGGUUCGCGGUCGCGGGGGACGGUAGUGGUGAGAUCAUAGGUGGUGGUGGUGGUGGUGUCGUCGAGUGGACCACGACAACAGUCGCCGGGCCGAUGUCAUCGUGGUCGUAUCCUGAAGAUGAGGAGCCGGGAGCUGGAAGCGUAAGGACACGCCCGAGCCCGGAGGAGGCGCGGACCGAGGACGCGGAGGCUGAGAGCAGCGAAGAACAGGUCAAGGUCACGGUGCCGCAGCCCAAAGGCUCGUCCACGUCGACGCCAUCGACCACGAGCACGUCGACGACCACGCAGUUGCCACCACCGAGUCAAGACACCUCUAUGGAACCACUGAGCGCAAGCAGCUACAUAGUGUCAGUGGUGCUCGUCCUGGUAGUCGGAGCACUGGUGGGUGUCCUGGCGACUGUAUCCCAUCAUCUUCAUCAUCGUCGGUUGCUACUGCACGAGCCGGCCUCCGCCUCGAUCUUGCAUCACCAUCGGCAUCAUCAUCAUCGUCACCAUCAUCAUCAUCAUCGCGAGGAACUGCCGGCGUCGCAUCAACGACGUCUUCUGCUGCAAGAUCACCAUCGUCAUCCUGGCACGCCGAUGCUGUCGGUGAGCCCAGGAAUGGAGGUAGGCAGCGGCGGUCACGGCGGCCUCGGAGGUGGACUGGAGGGUGAUCCGAGCGGUGGUGGCGCCGGCGUCGGAGGGGGCGGGGGUGUCGGCGAAGGAGCCACCGAGGGGAUGCAGGAAGCGAUGGUAGCCGCCGCCAGGGACCGGGCGAUCCGCGCCGGAAGUGUCCGGCAGGACCUCGCCCUCGACCUGCCACCACGGCUUCAGCUUCCUGACGGCGAGGAACGUCCUUACGGGGCGCACACCGCCCUUCAUCUGCGCGACCCUGAGCAGGAGAGCGAGAUCUACCAGAAGUGCGUGCGACCGCCGCCGAAUCGGACGGUGUUCGACAGCGAGAGCCCGCCGCCUUACAGGAGCCAGUCGGCGCUGUUGGACGCGCCCGAGCGGAUAGUCCGUUGCCACAGCGCGGGCAGCUCGUUGCUGAGGGUGUUCCGGAAGUUCCCGAGUCCGAGCAGCUCGACGCCCGCGGUGGUGGUGCCGCCUAGGAGGCCGACCCUGUCCAGUUAUUCCGAGUCCAGUAGCAACCUGAGCAACCUGUCCAGCCUUACGGUGGUGCCGUGCGAGGCGGACGAGAGCCAGCAGCAGCAGCACCAUCACCAUCAGCAACAGCAUCAUCAGCAGCACGUCUGAUCCGCGGCGCGGCCGAGAAGGAGAAGAGCACUCGAGGCCGCGACGCCCCCGGGGAGAGCGUUCCUCGAGGUCGACGGACGACGAAGGAUCACGCGGAAGCGUCGACGAGACCGACCGAGCGAACAAGACGUGGCGAGGAAGGACGCUGGCGCCGAAAUCGUCGUCGUCGUUCUGCCCUCGAGAAUCCUCGAGCCGUCGAGGAUCCCUCAAGACUGACUCCGCAGGAGAAACUUCGGUACGGGUUCUCGGCCAGCCGACGCACAACGGCGUCGCCAGCCGUCGGUGGAGUCUCUCGCUGACGGGGACGGCGGGAGGAGAAGAAAAGAAGACUCCGUGGAUGGUCCUCCACAGUAUUUCGGUAAGAGGCAGGAGUGCGUCCUCGGCAGACUCGACGAGAGGCUUUCGUGCUCCUCGAUCCGAUCCGUGUUCCCCGGAACGCUCGUCGCCCGACGCUCGUCGUCCAACAGCAAUCCUAAACAGGGCCAGUCUCUAGCCUAGAUCUCAGACGAUUCCAAAGCACCCAAGACGAGACGCGGAGAAGGGGGUUACCGAGCGGAGAACCACUAUGGCCGGGCGACGGAAGAGACAGCCGACGAGCGUCGCGACGGAAUACCCCCCGCGGCGGGGAGGUCCCAGCGAACACGAACGCCAACCAUCCUUUCGCUGGCGUCCCUGGAGAAUGUCCCGGUGUUCGCCAGACGCGGUUUUUACCCUACGAAGAGGUCUUCCGAGGGCCUCGAACGGACGAUGGAUGGUUCACGUCAAGGUCCCGCCGUUCGAGAUCCACCACUCGUCCUUCGAAGACACACCUGACACGCUCCGGUGGACAGAACAAGAAUACGCAUCGCGACUCGCGCGGAGAGAAUAGAGCAUUUGGUGGACACCGGAAACGACAGGGGACCAGCGACGGAGCCAACGCCGCGUCCGACAACCCGGACGGGUCGAUCAUCGAGUAUCGUGGAAGUUUGUUCUCUGCGAAAAAGACUUAGUAAAUUAUUUAUUGGCGGUUGGAUCGCGAGUCUGCGCUCGCGGUUAGACCGCGAGACAAACGGGAGAGAGAGGGAGAGCCUGGAUGGAUCAGGCGCGACGACGCGCCGCCAGACCCUGGAAUAAAUGGACGAAUAAUUGUGUCUAUUUGUGUGUGAGUGUCUCCGUGUGAAUGAGAGAGGAGAGACCCCGGAACAACUCGGAUCUCGGGGAAAAAACGAUGGGACGAGGACGCGAUCGGGAAGCAGGAGUUAGGCGACUUGGGGACGAGGAUCGUCGGCCGAAUGACGAGAGCAAAAGAGAGAGAGAGAAAGAGAGAGAGAAUCACCGAGGAAAAGUAGUGCCAAGAGCGUAACAAAAAGAAAACUCUGUAAAUAUUAGGUUAGGUAGUUCAAUAUCAAUAUAAUUAUUACGACUAAAAAUGAUAUGCUAUAUACUGAUUAAAAAGUAAUACCUUACACCACGCAUAAACACGAGUUUACGGGCGGUGCGAAAUCGCUGCUGGGACGCGCCACGAGGUCCGCGAGAACUGUAUUUUUCUUUUUUUUUUCAUCGAGAAACGUCGACGCGUCGAUCUCUCCCCGGACGAACCGAGAGCCCCGGUGUUUCCGUCGAUCCGCCAUUUUUUUUCCAGAAAAUUCGACUCGGGGCGUCUCGGUGACCGGUUUCUUUUGGAGUACUAGACAGAGACGAUUUGUUGGCGACGAUUGGCAUUCACGUUUUAGUGAUUGGUUGUGUAACGAACAGCCUCGAGAAGGGACGGGCAACGUUCCGUUCGCAUCGAACGGCGAUAAUUAAAUGUAAUUUCGUUUUAUGUAAUUGAAGUUGAUAGUUUUAUUCGACCCCGGGGGCGACGACGUAAAAAAAUUUAUCGUCUUGUUGUUCGUUGCCCGUGGACACGCUCGUCCGGUCGUGGAACACUGCCCGUCUCUCUGGGUCUCGAGGAGAGGACGAACGACAGCGGGGAAAUAUCGAUUCGUCGAUGCCUCGAUCGAUGGUCGACGCAACGCGUCCCGCCGUGUUUCGCGCGGCUCGAACGAUGUCUGAUAUAAACGCUACUUUAUUAUUAUUCAGAUAGAUAAGGCUUCAGUUUUUGACGAAAUAGGACGAGAUCUGCUUUGACGACGAACCGAAAGUCGACGACCGGCUCUUGUUUGCCGUUCGUGAUCUUUCCUCUGCGGUUCGACGGGAACGUUCUAGAUUUAAAUUGGCCCCCGUCCGGUUGCUGACCGAGAUUCACUCGAGGAUCUCUUGCGAAACGACGCUUCGAUCGAUACAAACGCAUCGCGAAAUAAUUUCCAAGCCUUCGCCGAGACCCUGCGAUUUAAAGCUGAAAAUUAAUUGGCGAUCGAGCUCCUCGAAUUUAGACUUUUAGAGAGCUCGAGUAUAUUUUAUUCGUUUUUGGUUAGGGGAAACAUUGACGCGUGUUGAGAAACCAUUCGACACAAACAACAAUUAUAUUUAGGCGAAACUCUGAUAUACUCUAUUAUUUAUUUAUUUCGAUAACUAAGUUUAACCCAAGCACUAUAAUUAAAUUAACACGUUUUAAAUAGGAGAUUUCAAUUGCGCUCUUGUAAAUUUCGAUGAAAACAAAUUACAAAAGUGUCCUCUUAAGACGUUCGCUAGUACGCUUGACAACAGCUCUAUGUCUGUACGAGCAAAUUGAGUGUGAAUUACACAGACCAGUGUCGCCUCAUGCGCGACAUAUUACUCAGAAUAUUCAGUUACAAGACGUAUUAUUUGUACAUAGAUAAAGACGACUAUAAGUACAGUCACUGUGGUGGACGCGUUUCCAAUUGGACUUUGGUAGCGAACGUGUCAAGACGAGGUUCAAUGAGAUUUAUACGCGAUCAAUCGCAAUUAAUUUUAUCCACCGUAACUCGCUAAAUUUUUUUUAAUUAAAAAAUACUAAAAUAAACUUCGAUUGGAAGAAGAUCUACGGAUACUCUCGUCAGCAACUCGACAGAAAAUGUUUCGUUUACGUUUGCAAGUCGCUAACAAGUAUUGCACCCCGUGCAAAAGAGUCGUUUAUUUUAUCCGAUUCGCAUCGAUCGAUCUAUCGGUGCACGUCUCGCGAACGAGCGCGAUCCUCGAGCGUGGACGAGCAAAAUGGCGGCGUCGACUUCGGUUCUCGGCCUCGGGACAGAACGAAACUACUGAAGUAUCUCAUGAGAAGUCACCAAUUAUUGUAAUCCUUAAAACUGUAAGACGAAGGGGUAAAAUUGCAAAGAAAUUACCGUCAGGUCUCGCUUCCGUGUCGCGGUACGAGCGUGUCGAGACAAAAUACGAACCUUGUCCAGCGCCAUCCGAACGUCGUCGAAGAGAAAAGCGAUCGUACGCGACCCGGAGGCGGCCCGCCGUCGUAAAACCCACGAUUUGGCGUCGAACAAUGCGCAAAACGAACAAAUGCCGAUGAAAAAUCGUACAGGAUAUAUAUAUACAUAUACACAUAUACACACGCGUACAUAUAUAUGUAUAUAUAUUGGUGAAACGAAAUCGCAAAUUUGUCAUUUCGAUUAAAUGUCCGGGCAGUUCUACACACGACACUCGACCGUCUCUCUGAGCGCCGCGGCGCUGAGCGCAGCGACGGGGAAGUCUAUCAGUUCUCCAUCUUCGAUAAAGAAAAGGGAAUAAAAAAGAAAAAAAACGAGGGGGAAACAAAAAAAAAAACAAUAACGAAGGAAAAAUGUGUUCACGCGCAUGCAAUAUUAGGCGAUGAAGGAUUAUAUAAAUCGUAUACUCCACGCGAAGAUAUGAGAAAACUAUGUGGGGGGGGGAAGAGUGACGAAACGAGUAGAAUGAAAACGAAAUGAGACGAGAGGAACGAACAAUAGCGGGCUAACGAGAUAUAUGUGUGCGUACCUCGCGAUUGAACGCGCACCAAUCGACGAGAAAAUGUGACGAAAAGAGUGGAAGAGAGAGAGAUCGAGAGACUGCGUGUGAUUGAUAGCGAGAGAGAGAGAGAGAGAGAGAGAGAGAGAGAGAGAGAGAGAGAGAGAGAGAGAGAGAGAGAGAGUGAGAGUGAGAGCGAACGAGAACGAGAACGAGAAAAGAAAAGAAAACGAAUAAGAUUACGGAAAGGUGCGGCUAAAUCCAAUGGGUCUUGUGCAAGCCUCGGUUAAAUUAAAGCUGUUAUCGACUUAGAUUAAAUUUUAAAAUGCCAAAACGGAGCUCCGGAAACCGCGCGCGAAAUUUUUCCU